AUGAAUGUGCCGCAAGAUUUGGACCGACGCAAAAACGACGAUAACAACAAUAACAACAACAACAACAACAACAGCAAUGACAGAGGCACCGACACGGGCACGGGCAAUGGUAUGGAAUUGAAUCCUAUGCAUCGAUUGCCAGAUUCAGAGGUUGCCAAAGCAUCACACAAGAGGAAAUACUCUCAUUCCCCAGGUGACUCUUACGGCGGACCAGAAGUGAUACCAGCAUUAGAACCUGAAGCCGAAUUGGAGCUACGAUCGAAAUCAUACACAGAACUAAACUCGGAAUUGAACCAACUUGAUGGAAAACCUGUGGAAAAUGGUAAGUUGGAAAAAGGUAAGCGCAUCAAGCUCCUUGCUGUUCCUCAUAGUGAAACUCAAACAACAGCUACGCCGAAUAAAACAUUUGACAGAACAUUGAAAAAAACCAGCGACAUAAAUGGCAGUAAUUGUUGCGAUGACAUACAAAGGAUAAUACAGAGAGUAAUGCUUCAACUCAAUGGAGAGUUGGAUUUGCGGGGUAACUCCUCUUUAAAGGAGAUAUAUUCCACGAUUUACAAUGUGUUUUUCAAAGCUGUAAUUCAGAAAGAAAGCCAUUCGAUCCUUUUGGUCGGUCCAAAGGGGUGUGGCAAAAGUACAAUAGUUGAGCAGGCGUUAACGAGUUUGGAUAAGAUUGCGCCAGAUGCUUAUAUAAGAAUCAACCUCCAUUCAUCGAUACACACAGAUGAUCGCGAGGCUUUGCGAGAGGUUGCUCGGCAAUUGGAUAGAUCAUUCUCGGACUUUUCUGGAAGCAAAGGUAAUUUUACCGAAAAAGUUUUGGAGCAGAAAUCGAUAAACGACACUCUAGCAAAUAUUUUGCAGGUCCUCGGCGGAACUUCGAGUGGUUCCGAGAGUACCGAGAGGCAAUGGAUACCUUUGGUAUUCAUCAUUGAUGAAAUUGAGAAAUUUGCAACAAGCAAUCGACAGACAUUGUUAUACAACUUACUUGACUUGUGCCAAAACAGUCAGGUCCCUAUUUCCGUUAUUGGACUCACAUCGAAGUUGAAUGCUAAGGAAUCGCUAGAGAAGAGAGUAAGCAGUAGGUUUUCUCAACGGACUGAAAUGAUUGUAUUUCCUCAUUCUUUUGAAGAGUUUGUAGCAAAUGCCAAGCUGCACUUGCUUCUCGGUGAUGAAUACAUAAACUUAUUGGAACUGCCGAAACUGGGGCUUGAGUGGAAUGAACAAAUUGAGAGAGUAUUUGGAGACAAGACCUCUAAACUUGCGGAGUUCCAUAUGAGAGAAUACCACACCACAAGAAAUUAUCGUGUCAUACUCGACCAAUACAAGAUUGCAUUAUCUGGCGUAUCUAUGUUAUCUGGUGUACACAAGACAAAAGAUGUAAAUGCACUGGGUUUGCUAACACUAAACGCAAACUUUGCAUCAAGAACUGGUAGUGUGAUAAGGGAAAUUCUUUUAUCGCUUUCUACAGUUGAGUUAUUCAUCUUGAUAGCUGCCGUGAGGUGGCUGGAAAAGUACGAUGCAGAUGUUAUCAACUUUAGUUUGGCCUUUCUGGAGUAUAUUCAAAUGCAAAAAUUGACAGAACCAACCAAUUCUUUUUCUUCCGGACUUACUACGAGCAUCCAGGUGGAGAAACGUUUAUGGACAAGAGAGUUGUUGAGAAACAGCUGGAGAAAUUUGUACAGAGUGGGGAUUUUGGUAGAUCCACAGACGACGGGUGGUGAUGUUUCUCAUGGAGGCGACUCGAGGUCAAGCUCAACAGUCCUCGAGGAAAACACGAUGGUGGUGAUAGAUAUUACACUCGAUGAGCUUAGUGCAUUUGUACUGAAAAAACCAGGGUUGAAGAAAUAUUUGCGACUCUCAUAA